AUGGUAAGCAUUAAGAGCUCUGACUUCCAUUACGUUUGUUUUAUUUUUUCAGAAGGUGAAAACAGUGAAGGGGAGGGAAGUGAUGGCCAGAGUUCAAAUGAUGGCCCAUGUCCAAACUUUUCAAACUACCUGUACUUCCUAUUUGUCCCAACACUCGUGUACAGGGACAGUUAUCCAAGGAGCCCCACAAUUAACUGGAGAUAUGUGGUAACAAACUUUGCCCAGGUGGCGGGCUGUCUUAUCUACUUGUACUACCUACUGGCCAGGUUCUGUGUACCAGUGUUCAGGAAUUUCAACCACGAAAGUGUCACCCUGAAGCAGCUGCUACUGUCUUCAUUUGGUUGCAUGCUUCCGGGCACUCUAAUACUGCUGAUAGCAUUCUUUGCCAUACUACACUCCUGGUUGAAUGCCUUUGCUGAGAUGCUCCGGUUUGCCGAUCGUCUUUUUUACAAGGAUUGGUGGAACUCCAAGUCGUAUGCUAUCUGGUACAGAACAUGGAACUGUGUAGUCCAUGACUGGCUGUUUACUUAUGUCUACAAGGACAUCUCCUCGUUACUUAAGUACUUGAACAUCCAGUGUGGGCGAGCUACGCCUAUGGCAGUAGUCUUUCUGUUGUCAGCCAUCUUUCAUGAGUACAUUGUUACUAUGACGAUGGGAUUCUUCUAUCCUGUGUUGUUUGUUAUGUUUGGAGGAAUUGGAUUUGGUUUCAUGUUCCUUGGUCUGAAGCCCACUCACCAAGCCUGGAAUGUGUUUAUGUGGAUAACACUGAUGAUAGGGAUGGGCUUGCUGAUGUGUCUGUAUAGCCUGGAGUGGUAUGCCAGAAAAAACUGCCCUGUUACUGCGGACUCCUUCUUGGACAAACUUAUCCCCAGGACGUGGACAUGUGAGCUGAGGCUGUGGCAGAAUGACCUUGACCCUGGAGUAACAGGACAGUAGGCCUCAGAAAUAGUUUCAGGUAUCAUAUAGGCACUGGAGGGGGUUAGUAUGCUCAAUGUUCAAGAACAUUUCCAGGCACCAGGAAGUAAUAGGUCACUUCCAGGCACUAUGAACUAAUAGGAAGUAUUCAGGCUCAGGGCACUAUAUAAUAAGUAUAAUGGGAAAUAUCCAGUCACUGGGUAGUAUUAGGACAUUCCAGGCACCAAGUAGUAAUAUGACAUUUCCAGGCACCAGGAAGUAAUAGGGCAUUUCCUGGCACCAGGAAGUAAUUGGGCAUUUCCAGGAUUAAUAGGAUAUUUCCAGGUUACUUGAUAACCAUACUACCCAGGGAUUGACACACAAUACAUGUAUGUUAUCACAUCAUAUAUGGCUGUAAUAAUGCAUCUUUAUCAAGACGCCUUAUCAAGGUGGAGUCUUGUAUACUUGGCAGCUAUUGACUCCUCUUCCACUUUUGCUCACCACGUUUUCAGUUUAUCCAGGAAGUGACAGAGAAUAUGGGAUUUUAAGAAAAGAUCAGAUGACAUGUAAUCAACAAAAUACAAUUAGAGCAAUAUAGUUUGUACAGCAGUAAGUACAGAGAUUCACAAUUUGUCAUUAGGGUCAUUCCACAAAAUGGAAUUUGACACAUUGAACAAAUGAAAUGAUUCACUUUGUAUAGAACAAACUUGUUAUGCACUGCUUUAAAAAAGUGUGUAUAAUUCCUUUUUUAAUGAGAUAGUAUUAAACUAUGUCCACUUCUGUGUCUACUUUAUCAUAUUAAUUGCUAUUGUUAUGACAUACUCUGAUGAUUUUCUUGUUUUGAAGACCAACUAAAAAUGUGUAUCUUAUCUUCUAAACACUCCCUGUAUCCAAAGUUUUCUGAGCCCAGCAAAAGGUAAUGUCAGCUGCAUCAUUUGCAUAAUAUUGAUAAGCAUAAUUGUAGUUAUUCAAUAUGCAGUGCACCAUACCUGUAUAGUCUAAGGUAGAGAUGUGUCACAUACCAUCAAAGAAUUAUACACAACAGGCAGAGGCCAGAUGGCAUUUCAGUCUUCAAGGUUACACAGACUUUUGUUCACUUUGGUACACUGGUGAAAUCCAUCCCUCCAAACCUGCCCAAAGGCCUCAGAAACUUUAACUUUAGUCUUAAAAUGUAUGAUAAAGAAAGCUGUGGCUCAGUUACCAGAUUAUCUGAUAAAGUCAAAUUGUAAUGUGCACUUUUGAUCUUAAGAGUCUGUCACUUGUGUGUCGUAAGAUAUAUCUUGCCUUCAAGUUCUUUUUUCUCUAUUGUACAUGCAUUGGAUCCUUUUACAGCUUAAAUUUUCGGGAAAAAUAUUAUCUUAAUGGCAAUGGUCAGUGUUAAUACUUAUUGUUGAGUACAACUGUGUUGAUACUUAUUGGUGAGUACAACUGCCUCACAGCCAUAUUGUAGUUACUUUUAUUGGUGCUAAAUACAAGAAAGAAAUACAGUUCCUAGCUUUUGUUUUAGGAAGAAUAUGGGUGAUAUUGAAAUGUCAUUUUUCUGAAACAAAACUUGGUUUUGUUUGAAGGCAUGCAAUUGACACAUUGAUUCUGGGAUGUGUUAUUGGUAUCUUGAGGGAAGGGGAGCUGUUUAUUAGAAAAUGUGAGAAGGAAUCGAUCAAUAGUAUGUUAGCAGUUAUGACUGCUGUUGUUUAAUAUUGGUGUAAGUAAUUUAAGGACACCACAAAGUGAAAUGCAAUUAUUGACAGAGAAUUUCAAUCACAGAUCCAAAUCAUUUUUUGUUUAAAAAUUAUAAAGCAGUUGUUAAAACCUGCCUUUGUUAUAAAAUAAUGUUAUGUAUGUGCACUUACUCAAGCAAAAGAAGGUAGAUUGGGUGAAAUGAUGAUUAUUGUUAGAUAGUUAAUAUUUAAAGUAGUAACUCUGAAAUUACAAAAAUCUUCUUUUUUUAAAUUAUUUUUAAGUAUCAACAUUUUUGGUUACUCACAGUAGCAUAUUUAAUUUUUCUGAUAUGAACUUCAGACCAACUGAUUUUUCACAACUUUCAAAGUACCUUAAGGAACUACUUGCAUAUUUUUAUUAUGAUCACAGAAAAAUUAUGAGGUUAACUGCAAGGACUUUGUACAUCCUUCUUAAUUGAUGAACUAUUUAGACUUUAAUUUUAUUACUACACAUGGCAACUAAUCAUUACUGGCAUUGCAUGUAUAUCAGUAUAUUUACUGUGAAAAUUGCUUUGAUUGGAUGAAAUGUACCAAAGUUUUUCAUUUAACUAAAAGGGCCAAUAGAACUAGAUUUUGUUGUCCUCGAAUAAAUACCACAUUUUUCUUUUACAGAUGUAGGUUUGGUUAGGGCAUUGGGACCAUUAUUUGCAUUUAUGCAUCCUCUGGCAAGGGGCGCAAGUUACUUGUCAAAAUUUAAAACGGUUAUUGUGUAUGCGCAAUUGAUUAGUUUUAUAGUGUUAAGGUAAAAGAUACAUGGGGACCAGAAAGCAGAUAAUCACGAAUUGUAGCCUGCCUCUAUGUCUUGAUGUUAUGAAGGAAUUGGCUAUUUUGAGUUACAGUCAUCCUUUAGUUGGUUUACAUAUGCCAUGUAGUGUUGUUUGGGAAGUAAUAUGUUGUAGUAUUAACUGAAUAUAUGACAAGUUUUCAUUGCUGAAUGUGUAUUAUAUGUUACUUUUGAUGAGCUAAUUUUUGUUGGGCUUUUUCUGAACAAUUUAUUUGUAUGCUUUCUAUGAUCAUGAUUUUUAUUUUUACAUUUUCUGUAUGUGCAACACUGUAUAUGCCUCAUCAAUGCAACUUAUUGAUAUUAAAAAUACUAUA